AUUGAAAGGGUCAUCUCCUAUUCCAAAAUUAAAUGACAUUCUUUAGGACAUUAAACUCCUAGCAUUUUCCUCAAUUUUAUAUAUAAUAUAAUUAUGUGGUUCGACCUUUUUUAUUUUAGUAUGGCUAUUAUUUAUCUUUUUUAUUAGAGGCCUAGUGAAUUUGGAUUAUGCAACAUCUGAUAAUGUCUCCGAUAAAAAUCUGUAAAAAAAAAAAAAAAUUAAUUUAGAAGAAAAUAUAAAAAUUGUAAAUAUUAAAAAAUAUUUUUAAAAGAUUAUACAAAAAUAAAAUAAAAACUGUAUUUAUAUAUGAUAAAAUGUUUAAUAGUAAGAAUAUAAAUAGACCUUAGUUAUUGCUUUUUAGAAUUAAAAAUUAAAAACUGACCAAUUAACUAAAUUCUUUUAAAAAUUAACGUUAAAAUCGAAACAACCAUUCGACUAAUUGAUUUUUCUGCUUCCAUUGGUCUGUUUUUUCAAUCUAUUCAUUUGCUUGGCAUAUUGGAGGAGAUUAUGAUUGGUCCACUUAUUUAUUUAUUUAUAUUUUUAGUUUCUCCUUCAUGGGUCCACUCUGGUUGUACUGCUGGUAAAGAAUACAAAAUUAGGUCCACAAACAACUAUUCUUACCAAAAUAGAAGAAAACUACCAUUAAAAGGAAUUAUUUUAGUUAAUUUCUAAAAAAGCUUCUUCCGAGUCAGGACAUACCUUGCACUUGCACCUGUUAGCUUUUAUAGUAUAACUUAAGCCAUGCAAAGAUGUAAUAAUAACUUCACCUACUAUGACAGGUUUCAUGGUGUCAUUUCUAAAAUAAGAGAUGCAUAUUUGAUAAGUGUCAUAAUAUAUAACUCAAACUGACAUUUUAAUUCCUUAUUGGUUAAAAGGAUAACAUAAGCAAUCUAAACUAGAUUUUAAUACCUUAAAAAUAAUGUCCAUAGGCAGUUUUACUAAUGGAACAUGAAUAUAAAAGAGUGAAAUUCUUCUCUCAAUAUUUUAAUUUUUGAAGAGUCGGUACUGUAAUAUUUGACAUCGCAUAUUUCAUGGAUAGAAGAAGGAUAAGAGCAGGCAUUGAUAUUCCUGAUGAUCCAAUACUGAGCAACAUGUACGACAUUAUGCGUCUUAGGAGGAGGGUUCGGGAGCUGCAACAACAAUCAAAUGAGCUGCAACAGAGAAUGAGAUUGAUCCUGUCGGAAUGGCGUCAGAACUCGGCUGAAAAUAAUGAACUCAGAAUGCUUACUGACGGAGUGGAACGUCAAAUUCAAGUGCAAGACGGUAAGACGCUGAAUGGUUCAAUGGAGGACGAGAUAAUGGUGCUAAGAAUGCUAAUUGGACGACAACAGCAAACUUUCGACCCCAACAGUGACAACUCCUUGGCUUCUGAGAUCCAACAGAUUGACGGCAAUCAGAAUGUUAGCCUAGAGCUGAAUCCUGAUAACCAGGUUCUCAGGAUUGAGCAGAAUCCUGAUGGUCAGGCUGUGAUCGGGAAUAUGAAUAAUCAGGAUGCUAAUGAAGGUCACAAUUCCGAAAAUCAGAAUGUUGAGUCAGAGCAAAAUCCUGAAAAUCAGCCUGAGGCAAAGGAGUGAACAUCAGUACUGCCGGAGAUUAUAUAUGUCAGAGAUGAAAAAAAACCUAUCUAUGCAUGAAUAAAAGGAGACAGUUGAUUAUGA